GUGAGUCUUCGCGCUCACACAGCCAUGGAGGAUGGGGUCGCCAUGUUGUUGUUGUAGCUGAAGCUGGAAAACAAAACAAACAAACAAACAAACAGCACCGUUACUAACCGUUACUAACCGUUGCCAUGGGGACGCCGUACCUGGGCAGCAAGAUCAGCCUGAUCUCCAAGGCCGGAAACCGGUAUGAAGGUGUGCUUUACACCAUCGAUACUGAGAACUCUACUGUGGCCCUGAGUAAAGUGCGCUCCUUUGGAACAGAGGACCGGCCCACAGACAGACCGUUUCCCCCCCGAGACGACAUCUUUGAGUUCAUCAUCUUCAGAGGAAGUGACAUCAGAGAUCUGACAGUUUGUGAACCUCCACAACCAUCAAGCUGCCUGCAGGACCCUGCUAUCGUACAGUCGUCCAUCAGCUCCUCCUCCGCCCCCCCGGCCCCCCUCCAGUCUGCAGGGUCCUAUGGCCUCUUCACCAGAGCCCCCCCCCCUCCUACAGCCAGCUCACACCACUGGGACCCCCCUGUCGCUGUAGGAGCCCCGGGGGGGCGGCGGGGGGGCGCUCAUCGAGGUCGGGGGCGCUUCAAUGUCCGCAGAGACGGACCGGUGAAGUUCGAGAAGGACUUCGACUUCGAGGGCGCCAACGCUCAGUUCAACAAGGAGGAGAUGGAGAGGGAGUUCCAGAGCAAGCUGAAGAUCAAAGAGGAGAAGCUGGAGGUGAAGGCAGUGAACGGGGGGGAGAAGGGGGAGGAGUCGGUAGAUAAGGGGGAGGAGUCUGCCGUGGAGCUGCAGCCCAGCGAGGAGAGGGGGGGAGACCCGCUCAGACCAAACAUCUACUACGAUAAGAACAAAUCCUUCUUCGACAACAUCUCCUGCGACGACACCAGGAAAGCUAACGAGAAGUCUGGAGGCUCCGGGUUCUUCCCCAGGGGGCGUCGGCAGACGUGGGCCGAGGAGCGCCGGAUGAACGCCGAGACGUUCGGCCUCCCUGUGAGGGGGGGGAGGGGCUUCAGGGGGGGGAGGGGCUUCAGGGGCGGGGGGGGCUUCAGGGGGGGGAGGGGCCUCUCCGCCAGCAGGGGGUCAUUCGGACCACCGCAGGGAGGGGGGGGCUUCAGGGGAGGUUACCGUGGAAACCAGGCCGGGCGAGAGUUCGCUGACCUGUCGUACAGGAAGGAGCACAAAGUGUCAACGUAACGUUGGAGGAAGACGAUGAAGAGGAGGACGUCACCAGCACUGACCACACACACACAUACACACACAUACACACUCACACACACACGCUCACUCACACACACACACACACACACACACACACACACACACACACACACAUAC